UUGUGAUUUUUGACUUUAGACAAAAUUGCAUUCCAGUAUUUAUCCCUUAACGUUAAAGAUUGUUUAAAAGCUGACUCUUUCGUUAAUUUUAAGUUAGCAAAUGAUGCCAUGGCCGAAAACCCGUCAGUUAUGGAGGAAAACCUGAUUGAAAAUGAACAGAUUUGUAUCUCUACUAAUAAUCCAGACCAUGAUCGAUAUUCAAUGUCAUGCAGACCGCCAUUUGAGACGCAGUCCUCGAUCAUUGAUGGUCUGCUGUCGGAGAUCUAUGAUCGCUGGCAUGACCAUCGCCACGACAGUUUUGACAGCGACACGUUCACAGAGUACUCGAGCACAUCGGAGUUUGCUCCCUGGAGAAGACCUUCCAGUUGCCUUGAUAUCGGGGGCAGACGACUCGGGACACUCCACAGGGCUAUUCUGAAAGAUUAUGAUACGGGCCAGCUGUAUAAACUAGCCAAUGACAUGACACGACAAGUGAGCCACAUGAACAUGAAGCUGGUACGGCAGUUGAAACGCAGGGAACGCAACCUGUCCAGGCUACAGACAAAUUGUGAUAUUGUCACAGCAUUUAUACAGGCUUCAUCCCCAAAGAGGCAGAUUGAUACGAGGAUGAAGUUUUCUCUGGAGCCCCAGGGUGGGGACAGUGCGUUCGACCAGUGGAAGGACGCUAUGAAGGCAGUUGCUAGGUUACCACUGGGCAUUCCAGAUGAGUUCCGCAGAAAGGUAUGGUUGAGCCUUGCAGACCAGUACAUCUGUGACAUGAAGAUAGACUGGGACAAGACUGUCAAGUUUGCCUUUAACGAGAGAAGCAACCCAGAUGACAACACUUUGGGCAUGCAGAUUGUGAAGGACCUGCAUCGAACAGGCUGCAGUGGUUUCUCCGGGGAGGACAACGAGGCCGAGCGGGCGGUCCUCAAGAGGAUACUGCUAGCCUACGCGCGCUGGAACAAGGCAGUCGGCUACUGUCAGGGCUUCAACGUCAUUGCUGCCUUGCUGCUCGAUGUCAUGGACAGGAAAGAGGCUGACGCGUUGAAGGUGAUGAUAUUCCUGAUAGACCAUGUGCUGCCUCAGGGUUACUUUGCCAACAACCUGCGCGCCCUCUCUGUGGACAUGGCAGUGUUCAGAGACUUGCUCAAGAUCUUCCCUAAACUGUCACGACAUCUUGACUAUCUGCAACAUGCACUGGACCAGCCUUCAGGUGGAUGUUACGAGCCCCCACUGACCAAUGUUUUCACGAUGCAGUGGUUUCUAACCUUGUUUGCGACCUGUCUUCCCAAGACCACAGUGCUGCGAGUCUGGGACUCCAUACUGCUGGAUGGCUCAGAAAUCCUCCUGAGGACUGCACUGGUCAUCUGGGGAAAACUCUCCAGCCGUAUCCUACAGGUGGGUUCAGCGGACCAGUUCUACACAUUGAUGGGGGAUAUCACCCAGGAAAUGGUGGAGGGAAACCUACUGGAUGUAGACGUCAUGAUCAAGAGCAUCUACUCUAUCGCCCCAUUCCCACUGCAAAAUCUGACAGAGCUACGUGAAAAGUACACAUACAACAUCCGACCUUUCACCCCAGCAACCAAGAGGUCAGUGGGGGCCAACGGGGCAGCGUUGCCUAGCGACGAGGAUGACCUUGAGGAGGAGGAGAUGGAGAACAUCACCUGUUUCACAGGUUUCAUUCCAACAGCUGCAUCUGGCAAACAUAAAGUUCUGGUACCUAUCCCACAUUCCUCAGCAGGUCUGGAAGGAGAUCAAAGGACUGUCAGCCUGCCAGAUAUUUCCUCCCUGGGCCCUGGAGCGUAUGGAAUGGGGGGCAGCGAGGCGGGGAUAGUGCCAGCCUACAUGGAGAGAAUGUCCACAGAUAUCGGCGCCCUAAAGAAACAGUACGAACGGCUGAGGCACAGGCAGAACCAGGCUCAUAUCCUUAUCAAUGCUGCCACUGCUAGACAGCACACCUCCAAGGCCCGUCCUAUAGUGCCCACCAUAGAGACCCCAGUCGCCAUGAACCACCUGUUUGUCAACAAGCAGGAUCUCAGGGGCAGGAACCGCUUUGUGGCUGCGGGGCCAAGUAUCUCUAACAUGUACCCUAACCUCACACCUGUAGGGCCAGUGUCAGAACAGGGGCACAGACAUGCACAGCCCUUUAAGACAGGUGACUUUAAGUGGAGUCAGAAAUCUCCCGCCAAGCAGACAAUAGAAAGGGAUGUCACACCUCCAAGUCAGAAGCAGGUGACAAAAGCAUGUGCAGCUGAUAUGGCUAUCAAAAAGCAACAAGAAAACGGUAAAAAUAUUGCCAUCUCCAAUAAAGACACAGAAAUAUACUCAAGUAAAUCAGAUGCAUUAGUUCAUUCCUUGGACACAGAAGAAUGUGGACAAACUGCCAAUAUUCAAGUUGAUAUUGAAAGACCUGGCUUGAAAAGCUUGUCAGUUGAAAAUACUGAACUAGACUUGAGGAGUGACUUUAAGGAGUUGUGUGAAUCUGAUGCAGAACUAGAGGAAAUCUCUCGGUCUGAUGUAAAGCCCACCCACAGUCCUCUGAGGCACAACGACUCUGGUCUCGGCACCUCCAUGUGUUCAUCGUCUGUGUCUGUGUCCUCUGCAGAGAGUUCACCUCAGCACAUGGCAGUGCUGCAUGGGAGAAGUGUGGAUCUAGAUUUGGACUUGAAGUCUGUGUCAGAGGAGACCUUGACUGUGUGUUCGGAUAUUAACAAGAGCUGGAGUUGUGAUCCGAGUGGCCACGUUGAAGCUGAGGAAAAGGUUGGGUGUGAUUUGGCAGGUGAGAAAUCUAAUGGUGCUAUGUGUUUGUCUAUGGAGCAUUUAAUUGUCAGUGGUGCUGAUGAAGUAAAAUCCAAUUUUAAUGAAGCGGAAGUUCUUGGGUGCUCAAAUGACCGUGAUGAAUCAGGUGUAAUUUGUGAUAGCCGGGUAAGUUCCACAGAAGCCAAAAUCUCUGAGAAUAACCUCACUGCCGACUAUGACACUGUCAAAGAAAAUAAAACAGAUACAAGCAAGGUAUUGCAAGCAGAAUACCCGAAGCCUAUUGGCCUAAAGAUCAAGAUUCCUAGGUCUGAUAGCUCUCAUUCCAAACGGUCUUCAGUGUCUGACAGUUCCCAUGGCCACAUUAGUUCCCAUAGCAACAGCUGUCAAGCCAACCUCCCUGAUGUGUUCAGUCCAGACUCCAAGUGCAACCUGUCCUUCCAGCAAUACUACAUCAACAAACGCUCCAUGGUGGCAGCCUCCUCCUCCAAUGCUUCGUCUAUUGAAUCUCAUUUGCGGAAAUCUCAGCUGCCACAGAAGAAGGCGUUCAAUCCAUUCCCCGUGAAACAUGUGAAUCAAAAUCGAGCUAAGACAGGCAUCAAAUUGGGCCUCUAUAAGCCGUCUACAUUAGACCAGUUUGAUCGUAACUUAAAAGGGCAGUCGGUACUUGGAAAGUGAUAAUAUUAGCGCAAUAUUUACAUGGUUGUUCAUGAUAUGUUGAACAUUUGGGUUAACUUGUUAUAUAUUUACUAGUUACCAGGUUUUAUAUUCAAGAAACAUCUUAA